AUGGUCGCAAUCAACACAAUCAAGAAAUCCAACCAAUCAGCCCUCUCCCAGAAUCUCCCCCAGAAUCUUACAGCGGUUUUCCUCGGCGCCACAUCCGGUAUUGGCCGCAGCACAAUCAAGCAGCUCGCCAUCGCUACCGAUAACAAAUCACCAACAAUUUACAUCGUCGGUCGAAGCACUUCAGCCGCUACGCCACUUAUCGCAGAACUGAGACAGAGUAACCCAUCUGCCACAAUUGAAUUCAUUGAACGCGAUGUUUCUCUCGUCAAGGAAGCAGACGCCGCGAUGAAGGAGAUUGCCAAGCGGGAGACCAAGGUUGAUAUUUUGUUCAUGUCUGUUGGAUUCAUGUCUUUUGAAGGUCGAAAAGAAACCAAGGAAAGGCUAGAACCAUCUCUGACAACCCGCUUCUACAGCCGCGUCAGAGCCAUCCAAGUCCUCCUCCCUCUCCUCAACAACAGCCCGAACCCUCACGUCACCAACAUUCUCGCAGGAGGCCAAGAAGGUCCCCUCAUUGAAGAUGAUCUUGAUCUCUCCAAGCCAGGCAACUUUGGUGUCGCGUCAGCCGCUCAACAAGCAGCCACCAUGCUCACCCUCAUCCUCGAGCGCUUCGCCAAAGAGAACCCCAAGAUCAGCUUUGUGCACGCAUUCCCCGGUUUGACAGCUACACCACUGCUCUCUCGCGGUUCAAGUGGUAUCAUUGGGUUUCUGCUCCAGUGGAUUGUUACGCCGCUUGGAGGGUUGUUUUUUGCUAGUCCAGAUGAUGUUGGUGCGAGGGCGUUGUUUUAUGCGACUAAUGCGAGAUAUACUGUUGAUGAGAGUGAGAAGGGAGCGACACCUAUUCCUCAGGGGUUGAGUAAGGCGGCGAGAUCGGCGGGUGGUGUGUUUUUGGUUGAUAAUAAGAGUGAGGCUGCAGAUAAUGAGAAGGUUUUGGUUGGGUUGAGGGAGGAGAUGGCUGAGAAGGUACGGACUCAUGUGGACUUGGUCUUUGAGAGAGUGAUUCAGGAAUAG